AUGUUCUCCACUCUCCGCCUCAUCCUGGCCAUCGCCUUCUUCCUUAACCUGGCCGCCGCCUUCCCUCUCAUCAAUCGCGAUAUCCAAUGGUCCUUCACCCUUUUCCCAUCCGCCUCCUGCAACGGAACAGCUGGUGAUUCUCAUGCCGGCUCCGGCAGCACGGGCUGUCGCGCAAACCUGCACAGUGUUGCCUCCGCAUACACCCUCAAUUCUAUCGCUGAAGGCUGUCGCAUCGAGUUCUUUGACAAUACUAUGUGCGACCAGAGCGAGCUCUUUGAUGUCGCCGGCCAAGCCAACGCCACCGAUACCUGUCGCAUGGCUAGUUUCAAACGCCGCUACGGUUCCUACCAGGUUUCCUGCUUGUGA